AACAGGUAUUCGUGGUGUGUCGCUGCUGAGGAGAAGCCUAUUCUAAAUUUAGAUGACUCUGGGAGACCCGUGCCAGAAAGAAGCCUGCGCGAUUCAGAAGUGCCUGCAGGGUAAGCUCAUCUUAAUGAGGCUGAGGGUGACUGAGUUCUACGACAAAGGAAUUACCGUAGACCUGUGAACACGAUAUCGCGCGAGUGCUUUAUGAAGCCAAUUAUCCGACUCCAUACUCCGCUUGCAUUGGUACAUUGGUUUGGGUGUCUGAACGCACAACUUCAAAGAGGAGGCAUGUCUUAAAUUUUUCGCCAACAUGGAUAAGUGCUGUGAGAAGUGGGAAGAGAAGAGCGGCUGCUGUACCGGGUUCCUGAAAGACCAGCAGUUGAAACAGAAACUCCAAAAGACCGACACAAGCCUGUAAUCGAGGCUCCCGAGAAGUUGACUCCGACACCGUUGGCCACUCGGAGACAUCUGGCGGCAACGAGAUCGACGGAGAUUAUUCCAGAAUUUGAUUUCUAGUCCUGAGCAUAAAGAAUCCCGAGCAUGAUGCCGAAACUCCUGAGUGUAUUCCUCGUUGCGAUCGCUUCGCGCAUCCUACUGUGUCUCUACGCGGAAUACCAUGAUGCGAAUUUCGAGGUCAAAUACACCGAUGUCGAUUACCACGUUUUCACGGACGGAGCUGAGCAUGCGGUCAAUGGAGGCUCCCCGUACGAUCGGGACACCUAUCGCUACACGCCCCUUGUUGCCUACAUCAUGACGCCCAAUAUAUUGUACCAUCCGAUAUGCGGGAAAAUCCUGCUUUGUCUAGCUGAUGUCCUGGCGGGCUGGUUGAUUUACACGAUGGUCUCCUUCGACAAAGCCCGACGCGGAACCAACGCUGAACUAGCGGCCAUGGUGUGGCUGCUCAAUCCAUUCACGCUCGCGAUUUCAUCGAGGGGGAGCUUCGAGCCGAUUCAGUGCUGUCUUGUGCAUUUGUCGCUGUUCCUGGCUCUAAAGCGGAGUUAUCUUCUCUGUGGUCUGGCUUGGGGCUUUUCGGUCCACAUGAAAAUGUACACAGUCAUCUACGGCCUCGCCUUCUACAUUUGGGCCAAUAAGUACUCCUCUGCGAGCGGACUGAAAGACAUGAUCAUGCCAAACGCCGCGCGCCUCCGUUUCGGACUUGGGGCCUUGCUCGGCUUCGGAGUUCCCACAGCUUACUUCUACUGGCUCUUCGGUCACCAAUUUCUACACGAAACGUUCCUGUACCAUCUGACGCGAGAGGAUAUUCAGCAUAAUUUCUCGCCGAUCUUCUACCCCCUACGGCUACUCACAGAAAACCCCACGGAAAACUCAGAAAUGAUGAAGCGGGUCCUAUCGAUUGCCCUGACAGUUCUCCAGAUGAUUCUCGUGGUGAGGUGUGCGUUCCGUUACGCUGCCUAUCACCUGCCAUUCGCGCUGUUCGUGCAAACUUGCUGCUUCGUACUCUUCAACAAAGUGGCAACCUCACAGUACUUCACAUGGUACCUCUGCCUCCUACCGCUCAUCCUUCAUCGAUUGCCCUUCAGAAUGUUGGCUUGGGUGUUCAUUUUCCUCGCUUGGAUCGGGGCUCAGCUCUUGUGGCUCGUUCAAGCCUACUAUUACGAGUUUGAACAGCGCGACAAUUUGCUCAAUGUCUUCGUCGCUGGUGUCAUCUACUUGUUAUCGCACUCAGCUCUCCUGUAUGUCAUAACGAGUCGGUUCGAUGUCAAAGCUUCGCUAGAGGUUCGGAAAAAGCGGAAGUGAAACAGAACAUUGUGAAAGCCUAAACCAAAAGAAUCCAAUAUCGCGCAACUAUGAA